AGAGAGUGAAAAGGCGGUCACACAUCAAAAGUUGGCUAGUAGGGCUGUUGAAGAAAGUCUAAAACCACAACUGCAGCAGCAAAAAUGGUCUUCUAAGUAUAAAUGUGGUCAGCCAUUUCUUCCAGCAAUGGACCUCAAGAUAGUAGGACCUGGGUGCACUGCUCUUCAUGCUCAUUACAUGAAAGAUUGUGCCGACAAUGAGAAGAGUGGGAUAUUGGUUAGGUUCAAGGGUAUUUAUAUGUUGAAUUCAUCAGAUUUUGAGGUCGGGCUUGUGAGGUACAAUCAUCUAUAUGACUUCUUCAACUUUGGUGCAUUGGAUUGCUCCCUUCUUCGAUGCUUGACAUUAUCACUAUUUGUAGAAGCUAAGGCUAAGGACAUCCCUGUGGGAUUUCUUGAUCCACAACUAAUGUCACUGGAUAGCAUAAAGUUUGAUAGAGCAGCUGUUCUGCAGUAUGUGCAAAAAGCCUUCACCAAAUAUACCAGCAAAGACUUCAUAAUGUUUGCCUACAACUCUGGUGGCCAUUGGGUCGUUGUGAUAGUAAUUCAAAAGUGGAAUAAAGUGAUAUACCUUGAUUCCAACAAAUCUGGAAACCAUGAUUUCAGCAUGUUAAAAUUGUUGAUUGAUGAGGCUUUUGCAACACACACAAGCAAGAUGAAAGACAAACCAAAGCCAUUGACACAUGCUGCUAAAUAUGCGUGCCACCAACAAUCUAUUUCCAGCAAAGGAUCUAGCUUCUAUGCUGCACACCACUUGAUUUUAGCCAUGAGACAAACAAACUUGGAAUGCCCUGAGGAAUUUGAAGUGUUGACGAAGCCCAUCGAUGUGCACAUGAUUAGAGAAAAGUUGGCCAUGUUCUUAGUGACACAUGUCAUCAACAAGAAAGGAGAGUUCUAUCAUCCGAAUUAACCAUCAGUGAUGUGUGAUUGCCAUUAAUAUGGAUCUACUGAUGUAGUGUGUGAUCGAAUAAGUUAAGUCCAAUGUUGUGAUGCAUUUCAAACAAGUUGUAAACCUAUUGUGAAUCUGUCAAUGAAUUUGAUAUAAAUGUGGAUCUGUUAAUGUACCGUGUGACUGAAUAUUGAUGACUUUCAUAUGUAUGUGUUGUGAACAUUGUAGUA